CACCGCCCCACGCCCCGCCUUGUUCAUCCACGACCACUGUUCCCUUCACUUUCACUCUCAUCGCUGCUGUGGCACAUGUUGGAGUGUCGCGCGCCGUUCUCGCAAAAACGGCCUUCGAAUCGCCACCACCCGUCGCCGCCCAACCACCUAUCUGCGACCGGCCGCAUUGCGAGCUUUGCGUGUUGGUUGAUAUGUCGGAUCGUGAGGUGAUCGAGUAUCGCCAGUACUGCCCGCCGGGAGUGCGGCGUGUUCUUGCAUUCGGAACCAGCGCCUUCAUCGGGGAAGUUGAUGGCUCGACCGUCCUCAAGUACCCUCUCGAGCCGGGAGGUGAUAUGAGUCGCCUCAAGCAUGAACACACAAUUCUCAAAAUACUUGGCCAACACCCCCGAAUCGUCGCCCACAAAGGACUUACAGAUGCUGGCUUAUACCUUGAGCGUGCAGCAAAUGAAACGAUCUACAAGUACCUAGUCGAAUCAGAUCCAGAUCGCGCUCCGCCUUCUCUUCAGCAGCGGGUAACCUGGUGCCGUGAGGUGGCCGAAGCGGUCGAGCAUGUUCAUUCAAAGAGCGUUAUCCACUGCGACAUUCAGCCAACGAACAUACUAGUGGACGAGAAUCUUCAUCUUAAGCUUGCCGAUUUUCAAGGGGAUUACCUCUCUAGCGGUGAGGUUAUAGCUGGUUGGAGUGGCGAGCCAUGCAGAUAUUUCUGCCCCCGGGAUGAUGAGUUUGAGACGAGUCCAACAACGGAUCUUUUUGCGCUUGGGUCUACUAUCUACUUUAUUAUGACUGGCUACGAAGUCUUCCAAGAUAUUGCUGGGGGAGAGGAUGGGUGGGCGGAGCAAGUAAGGUCCCGUUUUGCAAGCGGCAUCUUUCCCGGGGAUUCCCACGCGUGCGAUUUUAUUACGCGGAAAUGCUGGGAACGUCGAUAUAGUUCUGCAAGUGAGGUUCUCGAGGAUAUUAGAGCCGUCGAGAAACAACUAAGCGGCCAACACCAUGAGAGCAGACGGGCAAGCUCUAGUUGACUCAGCAGCAGCGCCACAUAUUCGCCAGGACAUAUGACGUACCUGUGGCUAGUGCUGCGCCGAGGGCGAACCCUCAACUACCAAGCCAAAACAAGUCCCCGCUCCCACACCUUGGCCGGGCCUGAUUUAGCCCCCUGUGUCAAACAUCACGGUGGUUGAAACAGCAAUGUGUAGCAGCAGUCGAAACCGUG